CUCACCACUGAGGUCAAUACGCACUUUUGACAUUGUAGUAGCCGUGGAAAUUAAUUACAUAUUCAUUUGACCUAAUUCUAGAGUGUUCAUUUAUCUGUCAUAUGUAGAUAAAUGUUAAAAAAUUGAUUUAUUCACGGUUGCCUUUCAAAUGGCUCUAAAAUAUGCCAAUGGAUUUUUAUUUACGACAAUUUACCUCCAAAUUAUAUGAAGAUUCAAGUGUUAAGACUCCCAUCUAAAGUGAAUCUUUUAUACUUAAAAAAUGACAAGCAAGAAAUAUUAAGAAACAUGAAACCACUCGGUAGAUGUCGGGAAAUAAGCUGUGAAAACCCUAAUGUAAGCUCUGAGAAAUUAAGAUCGAACAGCAUGCAGGACAUCUCAAACAACCGCCUUUCUGUACAGAAUGAUCGGAUUACAAGGUAUGCAAGCCCUAAUCGCUUUGACUCCCGUGCUGUACCAUGCAGCUUUUUGGAUUCAUAUAGAUCUUACAGAUCCCCUCAGAAAAAUGAAACAAACUUUAAUAGAUCAAAAUUUCGAUCAUCUAUGCAAACAAGUCUUUCCUCCUAUGCAGUUCCUUAUACAAAGGAACAUGCUUUUGAUAAAUCUAUACCCAAGUUUACUGCACAGAAUCCAGAAUCGGUAGUAACAAGUAAUGUAAAAUUCUGCGAGAAAAACAUAUCUUCCCUUAUUGGUAAAGAACGGUCGACUGGGAUUCCGCCUGCAAGAUAUGAAUCGACUGGACCAUGUAUCUCUUCUUCUAGACAAUGUUUAACAAAUGUUGUAAAAGCACCUAACAAUAGUCUCAGUAACACUACAAACUGUAAUUCUAAUUCACUGAUAAAACAUUUCAAUGAAACCUCCUCUCCGCAUAACAUAUCUUCUACUGCCCAUCGAACUUUACCGCCGUAUUCUCUUCAUCAUCAUCAUUAUUAUUACUCUUAUGUUUCACAUGAAAAUCAACCACAACCCCAACAACAACAACCACAGGCACAAUCACAACAUCAAUGUUAUUCUUUUCAUCGAGGAUCUACAAAUCAUGCUGUGACCAGUUCAUUAUCGCAUCCAGAAAUUUCUAAAGCAAAUUUAUUGCCCAACAGGUAUUCAGUUAUACCUCAGACUACAUUAAAUAAUAAUAAUAAUGAUAAUAACAGCAAUAACAAUUACAAUAAUACUGUGUAUAAUGUUAGUAAUAUGAUCAACCAGUCCAAAUGUAUUAUACCUCCGUCUUUAACAGAUUACAGUAUUUCAAAAGAUAAUUUUGAAAAACAGAUGAAUCAGGAUAAUUCACUUGUGAAUCAUACUACAGUUGAAUGUACCAACUCCUAUGAGAACAGUUCAUCAAAUAAGUUUUGUUCAUCAAAUUAUGACCAGUGUGAUAAUACUCAGAAUAAUAAUAACAAAACCGGCGAUAAUACCACUACUAUGGUAAAUUCAACUAAUAACAAUAAUUACAAUGCACAAACACAUAAACAAGCCAAUUAUCCAUUUAAGGGAAAUUCAUUUCGCUCAGUUAAAAAUAGUCAUAAAAAUCGAAUUAGACAUAUUAGUAAACAGCAAGAACAACAGACAAAUACUCUGUUGAAUGAUGGUAAUGAAAGUAAUUUAAAGCCUGAAAUUAAACUAAUUGAUUCAAGACCACGAACACGAUUGUAUAUUCAGUCAGGAACAAAAACGCAUACAAAAACAAUGACACUUCGAAAAGACCUGAUAACUGAUGACAGUUUAAGUGAACAAGAAUUGAAUCGAACCGGUUUCAUUUCUCUGCCUGAUCGAAGAUCAUCAUCAUCAACAACCAGGAAAGGUGUACAUAAACUGCCAACAUCACCUUCAAUGCCUUUGCCGAGUGAAACACCAUCUGUUCGUUGGAUAUACAAUGUCAAUCUAUCUGAAAUGGAUUAUAGCAGUGAACCGUAUAGUAUAUGUACAUCACUUGUUGAAUGUAAACAAACAGACACGGAUACAGUGGAUAGUCAGAAUGAUCCAGACCUCACAGAUAAAUUGGAUUAUAUCGCCUCUGAAAUUGGUCUAUUACAUCAUAAGAAUUAUAUGAGACGUGAGCAUUCACAAUCACCACAAUGGGAUAUUAAUGGUCUACUAUCAACAAUCAAUCCUUGUUCAGAAUCCAGUCUGCCUAAAGUUGAUUUAGACCAUUUUGUAUCCCAAGGGACACCGACGAUUGUCUCUAAUCCAGCAUCUAUCAGUUCACUUACAAAUGAUACUAUUGCACUUCAGACAAAUUCAACAUCUUCAACUAGUCCUAAAAUUACCGAUUCAAGAUGUAGAAGUCAUUUUUCACGCGUAGAUGCAGCUCUAGUAGCUAAUAACAAUAAUAAUAAUAACAAUAAAGAUACGCCACAAAGUCGACCAAGUAGUACGGGGAGUAAAAUCUUUAAACAAUUUCUACGUCAUAUAUCACCAAAAUUAAGACGUAGCUUUUCAGGAUUUUCAAAUCGAAGAAAAAGUGAAACUCGAAAACCUCAUGAAACGGAUAUCCCCACCGAUUCACUUAACCAGUCGACUUCAGCAUUUGAACGUUGCAAAUCAGAUCGUCAUUAUUCAAAAUCAUUUCUCUGGCUGAUUCCUCGUUGUUCAAGUCGUUCAAAGGAGAAUAAAGAAAAAGGAAAAGAAAAGAUAGUUGCAGAAGGUGAUCAAACCAGUACAGUUUGUCCAUUAAAUGUUGAUACGCAUUCCCACAAGACAAUAUCACCGGUUGCUGUGAUAGACGACAGUUGUAUGUCAGAUUCGUCAAUUACACCGAUUGUUAAAAAUUCUCAUGAGUCCAAACAACAAUUUUCUUCAUCUUCACAAUCCACAUCAUCUCAUUAUCAAUCUCACCUGCGUUGUUCACGCUAUCAAAACGGUUAUAAUAGUAGCAAUAAUAAUGAGCAUCACAGUCAUCAGCAUACACGUCCUCUGAGUAUUGCUUUGCCAAUUGAUAAUGAAAGAAAUGAAACUUCCUUUGAUUCAUGGUAUUCAGGUGUUCAAUCACAUCGUCGAUGUCAGACAGAAUUUUCUCCUAGAUAUAAAGAUUUUGCUACUUCUGCAUCAGCAGAUUAUUCAGGACCUAUUUAUCUGAAUGCAGCCUUAAAUGCUUUCGGUUAUGGAUGCAAACCAGAAUGGAAGCAGUUUUGUGUUUCGCCAUCAGCACGACGUUUAGCGCAUGCAAAACAAUCGCUGAGAAUGAGACAAAUCAAGCGUAAUUCACUUGAUACAGAAUUAUACACAGACAUAUCAACAGGAGACACUAAUGAAUCCUUUAAUAAUAAUACUAAACAUGUUAUGAAUAAUGAUCAAUGCAAAGAGACAACAUCAUUUCAUCAUGAAAAUGAAAGUGACUGUACGAAUGGGGAGAAUUCUGUUGAAAGUAAGCCUAAACAAACUCUUGGAUAUUAUUGUGAUAAUGAUAAAAAGAAGGGAUCAUUGUCAAGUGACAAGAAGUCUGCAGAAAACCUGGAGAUAUCUGCAGAUGGUGAUAAAGAUAAGAGUAAUUUAACUGAUUCAGAACAGGAUUUGAAGGUUUCUGUGCAACAUCUGAAGAAGUAUAAUGAAUCUGUAUCAGACGAAACUGCUCAGGUGGGUGGCAGCAUUUGUUCUGAAACAGGAGAAAGUAUUGAACAAUUCAACGAAUUAGAUAAACAAAAUGUUGACAACAAAAGCAAAGAGAAAUUCAGUGAUGUAAUAUCAGCUAUCCCAUCGAGAACUCCACCAAUUAAACGUAGAAAUACAGCACUUGCCAUUAAAGCAAAAGCAGCAAGAUUAAGACAGCCGUUAAAUACCUUCUUACCUAAAGGUAUUAUUGGACGUCGUGAUAAAUUAACAACAGCAUUGUAUAAGGCUGGUGAACUCAUUGGUCAGUCAGAAAUUACUCAGUCAACGAACAAGAAAGAACUUACAACUUUAUAUGAAUCUGAACACUCACCAACGGAACAAGAGAAUAAUAAUAAUAAUAAGAUUACAAUAGAUCCACAUUUUUCGUUACCAAUCUCACCGUCAGUUUCAACAUCGCAAAGUUUUAGUGAAGAUGGUGAACGUAUUAAAAAGUUGUCGUCUUCUUCAAAUGAUGUACACAAUCGAGUUGAAAUUUCUAAUAAUCCAUCUGAUUGGAUUGAAUAUGUAAAAAAUCCUGAAAUUAAUAGAUCUGAUCUAGAAUUGUCAAUGAGUGAUGAUGUGGAUUUUGUGUUUAAUUUGUUAAAGAAUGUACAAACAUUUGAAUGUCAAUUAGUAAAUGUAAUUAGUAUGGCUAAGAGUGAAUUGAACAAAGAUACAGACUCUGGAGAAGGCAAGGUGUCAAGCAUGACUAGUGAUGGACAGCAUGGUACUCCAGUGACAACGACUACUUCGAAUCCAGUAAACAAUGAUGAACUAUUGACAGGCAUCGGUCAUGCACAAAUGUUAAUAUCUGGAAAUCUUACAACCCUGCGUAAAUUGUGCAAAGUCUACUUAGAAGCAAAUUCACAAGUAAAGAAACGUCAGUCAAUUGAUUACAUUCCAUUGAAAAGUGAUUUAGAAGGCUAUUGGGAUUUAAUUUUAAUACAAUAUCGACGUUUUGAAUCACAAUUUCCACAAUUAUGUGAUUGGAUUUCAAAAGAUUUUCGUAAUGAAUUACAGAAUUUUGUCGAGAAAUCUGUUGGUUAUCAAUCUGUACAUACAUCUGAAGUUGAAAGUUCUAAACAGUUGGAUAAUGAGACUACAAGAAGUCCUAGGAAGGAUAUAAACACAGCCGCUUCUAAUAAACAAAAACAAUCCCCUGGAAAACACAUUCACUCAAAUAAAACCACUCAGUUGCGUAAUGCUGCCCGUGAUCGAAUUGCCAAUGCUCGUAAAAAAAUGAAAGAGAAGUCUCACAGUGAAAAUGACGCCAACACCAAUGAUAAGAUUGAAACUGAAUCUACCAAUGUUAAGACAAGUGGAAAUUCUUUAUUUUAUACUAUUGAAUAACAAUAACAAUACUACUGAUAUUAGUAGUAGUAGUAUGAUUAAUGGUGUAACUACUUCAGUGUAUGUAUAUAUGUGUAUACAUAUUGCCUUCAAAUGAUUCUUCGUCUUCUUCCAGGAUUCUAGUGUUCAGUAACAGUGAAAUAUACAUAUAUAUAUUGUCGUGUAAAUGUAGGGUAUUUUCAAUGUACAGUAUAUAUUUUUAUACUUGUAGAUACUUCCAAACUUUAACUUUUGCUCAUUACCACUCUUUUUUCCAAUCCCUAAGAAUUCAAGUGAGUAUAUAUAUAUGUAUAACUUACCUGUUUAACUUAAAUUUUCCUAAUUGUCAUUUUUAAAAAAUAACAAACAAACAAAACAAACGUUAACUGCAUAUCCCAUUUAUUCCAAGCGAUUUGAAAAGAAACGCAGAAGUCCCCUUACACUGAUGAUUGCCUUCCUUGCGCCUUACUCUUUUUACUUACCUAUCUGUGAAUGCUUUCCUCUUCUUCUUCUUCUUCUUGUGUUGUAGUGGAGAGGAGGAGGCGAUGGGCGAAUUUUAGUCUUUGUACACUUUAUAGCCUUGUAUAUGUUCCCGUUUUGUUUAUUUUUGUUUUCUUGGUCUGUUAUUUGGUUUAUAUAUAAAUAUUUAUUUAUUUUUGUCUUUUUUGAAUGACAGAAAUGUAUGGCAAAGUGAAAUCUAUCUUAAUGAAAUAAUAAUAAUACUAGUGGUAGUAAUAAUAAUUUCUACUGAUUUAAAGGGUGAACUAUAAAGAAGAAAUCAAAUAAAGUAGAUAGAAUGUAUGAUAGACAAGCAUUGAAUACUCUUCGCCUCCUGUUUUAUCUUUAUUAUUAUUGUUAUUAUUUUUUGGUUAUGUUUUGUUCAAUCUUUUAC